AGUGUGUUUGUUUUGGGUUUUGGAAGGCUUCAAAUACUCCACAGCUUCCCUUCUAGGGUUUGCUUCUUCUUUCUUCUUCCUCAAGCUUUUCAUCCUCUGAUGAUCUCUUCCACCAUUUUCUUCCAACUCAGUUACAUUCAUAAUGAUUUCCACUCUUCACCGAUUCCAUCUCAAUCUCCGGUUUCUUCAUGAGUUUUCUACCACGGUUCCACUCUAGAGGCGGCGGCGGCGGCGAUAGUCUUAUGGCCUCUGGUGCUAUUGCUCAGCCACAUCUUGUUACUCAAUCUUCUUUCGCCAAAUCAAUGUUCUCUUCCCCCACGCUCUCUCUCGCUCUCACGAAUAUCGAUGGGCUCGGCGCCGGGGAGAUGAUUCCAGCGGAUGUUAGGAGGAGGAAUAGAGAGGAAGAGGCAGCGGAGAGUAGAUCUGGGAGCGAGAACAUGGUGGACGGUGGUUCCGGCGAGGAAGUGGAGGGCGGCGGCGGUGGUGGUAGGAAGAAGAGGAAAAAACGGUACCACCGUCACAGUGCGGAACAGAUUCAAGAACUGGAAGCUAUGUUCAAAGAAUGUCCUCAUCCUGAUGAAAAACAACGAUUGGAGCUCAGUAGAAGACUCUCUUUAGAAACUAAACAAGUUAAAUUCUGGUUUCAAAAUCGUCGAACUCAAAUGAAGACACAGUUGGAACGCCAUGAGAACACAUUACUAAGACAAGAGAAUGAGAAGCUCCGUGCAGAGAACAUGGCAAUUCGAGAGGCCAUGAGGGAUCCAAUCUGCUCCAACUGCGGCGGACCGGCCAUCAUCGGAGAGAUCUCCAUCGAAGAACAGCAACUCCGAAUUGAAAACGCAAGAUUAAAGGACGAAUUGGAUCGGGUGUGUGCCCUGGCUGGAAAAUUCCUGGGACGGGCAGCGGUUCCGGUAUCGCCACCAUUGGCAUCGAGCUCGUGUUUGGAGGAAUAUGGAGGUGGUGGAACGAUGAUGAUGGAGAGAUGUGUGUAUUUGGAGAUGGGUUUAGCAGCCAUGGAUGAGGUUGUGAAAAUGGCAAAUGAGGAAGAGCCAUUGUGGGUUAGAGAGAAACUGAAUGAAGAAGAAUAUUUGAGAAUGUUCAGUGGGAUUAAACACAUUAAUAAUGGGUUUGUUUCUGAGGCUUCUAGACAAACUGCUCUUGUCUUCCUCAACACUUCUGCUCUCCUUGACACUCUCAUGGAUCCUGACCGGUGGGUGGACAUGUUUCCGAACUUGGUCGCGACGGCUAGCAUCGCCGACAUAAUCUCCGGCGGUCUCGGAGGAACCCGGAACGGCGCUCUUCAACUGAUGCAUGCAGAGCUUCAAAUUCUGUCUCCAAUGGUUCCGGUGAGACAGUUAAGCUUCCUUCGCUUUUGUAAGCAACACGCUGAAGGCGUUUGGGCCAUCGUCGACGUCUCCAUCGAUCCCGUUACCGAUACUUCUUCCUCUCCGUCGUGCCGGAGACUCCCCUCUGGCUGUCUCAUCCACGACAUGACCAAUGGCUACUCCAAGGUUACUUGGGUUGAGCAUUCGGAGUACGAUGAAAGCUAUAUUCACGAGCUGUAUCGGCCCCUGAUUCGCUCCGGCCUUGGCUUUGGUGCGCAACGGUGGAUCGCCGCCCUCCAACGCCAAUCCGAGUGCCUUGCCAUCCUCUCCACCCCUCUAGACCAUUCUGGAAUAUCAGCAAAUGGACGGCGGAAUAUGGUGAAGCUAGCGCAACGGAUGACGGCAAAUUUUUGUGCAGGAGUAUGCGCGUCUACAGUGUACAAGUGGAACAAACUGAACACGAGGAAUAACAACGUUGGAGAAGAUGUGAAAGUGAUGACGAGGAAGAGCGUGGAGGAUCCCGGGGAGCCGCCGGGCACGGUGCUGAGUGCAGCGACGUCGGUGUGGGUGGCGGCCGCGGUGGAGAGAGUGUUUGAGUUUCUUCGUGAUGAGCGGCUGAGGAGUGAGUGGGACAUCCUGUCCAACGGCGGUCCCAUGCAGGAAAUGCUUCGUAUCCCCAAAUCACAACACCGUCACCAUCCCAACGCCGUCUCGCUCCUCCGUGCCACCUCUCUAAAUCCAAACCAGAGCAGCAUGUUAAUUCUACAAGAGACUUGCACCGAUGCAUCGGGGUCGCUUGUAGUGUACGCGCCGGUGGAUAUUCCGGCAAUGCAGGCGGUGAUGAACGGCGGGGAUUCAGCCUACGUGGCAUUACUACCGUCGGGGUUCGCGGUGGUGCCGGCAGAGGAGGAUGGUGGCGGUGGCAGAGGGAGUUUGUUGACGGUGGCGUUUCAGAUAUUGGUGAAUAGUUUGCCGACGGAUAAGCUGACGGUGGAGUCGGUGGAGACGGUGAAUAAUUUGAUUUCGUGUACGGUGCAAAAAAUUAGAAACGCUCUCCGCUGUCACGAGCCUUCCACGUGACCCCCACCAAAGGAUCUCUUCGAUUUCGACCCGACGGCGACUCACCCUGCUGUGGUUUCCAUUUUACCCCUCUCACCUUGAAGUUUGUGUAAGUUUUUUUUCAAAAAAAAAAAAUCUUAAAUUUUGUCAUUUGUUUAAAAUAUAUAUUAGUUAAAUUGCAAAUAUGGUCCCUACCGUUUCGAGAAAGUUAGAAUAUAGUCAUGUGAUUUUUAAUUAUAAUUUAGUUAUAUAGUUUGAUGAUUUUUUCAUAAAUAGUCAAAUAAUACGACUAUUUAUAAGAUUUUAUCAAACUGUAAAAAUUAAAUUCUAACUUUUAAAACCAUAAGAGCUAAAUUCUAACAUUUUAUAAAUUAUAGGGAUCAAAUUUGCAAUUUAACUUAAAUAUAUCUAGUUUUUCAAAAAUUUCAAUAUUACCUUUAGUCUUUCAUAAAUAUUCCAAAGUUAACUUGGAGUAAAAUUUUUCUUCAUUAUUUUUGGAUGAAUAGUGAGACAUCUAUAACGGUGAUUUAAGACGAUGUAAUGAUGUUCAUGUCUCACUCCUCCUCCAACAUUCAAUGAUGCGAUGAUGUUCAUAUGAGAAUUUUGAAACCUUUAUAAAAAGAUCAAAGGUAAUAUUGCAAUUUUUGAAAAAAUAAAGUUAUUUUUUUUUAAACAAAUGAACAAUUCAAGGAUUUUUUUAAUUAUAUAAAUUGUUUAUGAUUAUUAUUACUUUAGAGGUAGAUAUGUUGAGAAAAAUGUGAGGGUGGUAUUGAGUCAAGAACGAACCGCCAAUGUGUUGAGUAUGACUCGGUGGGUGGGUUCGGGUAUUGACUCUGGUCGACUCUCGUGUUGACUCAUUUAUCUAAUUAUGAUAUUUAUUUUUAUUGAUAAUUUGUUUUGUGGUUAGUCUGAUUUAACCUGAUUAUAUAAUUUCAAUGUAUAUUCUUUUAAUAUCAUUCAAAAAA